AUGGCGUUGAUGACUUCAAAUGUUUCUUGUAUUCGUGUUUGGCCCAUGAGGAAGUGUGUGGAUUCAAGAAGAAAUGGGGGAAAAACAGUAGUAGAUACGAUGGUAAUGUGCAAAAAAGCGAUACAAAACAAGAAACUGAACUUUGACGGCAUUAUCUUUCCAAUGACGCUUGGUCAGCUACCAAAGUUUGAAAAACAGAAUCCUGGUUUUCCGAUUAGUGUAUUAGGCUAUGAGGAAGAAGAUGCAGGAAAAGCCGAAUAUGACAAAUAUCGUGAUAAGGUGUUUUCCGACUUGACUAACCUCCAGAGAAAGUCAGUUCAUCGUGCCAUAAGAAACUCUUUAUUCCCACUGUACAUGUCACAGAAUUUAGCCCAGUUUGAACUUAAAGAAAGGCUAAACAAAUCCAGUGAACCUGUGCGUCAAUCGAACUUGAUAGAGAUUGAUUUACUUCUUGUUAUUGAAGAAACAGAUGAUGGAAAUAAUUCCCAUUUUAAUCUCAUAAGGAAAUUAUCAUCUCUGCUACGGACUGAUACAUAUUACAAACAUCCUUGUCGUAACUGCCUCAACAGCUUCACUACGGCAGAAUCAGCCAUGGACCAUCGCGAAUUUUGCUACCAAAUGAAAUUGCAAAAAACUGAUGUACCAGAAGAACCCUUCUACUUUUUCAACCAGUAUCAUCGAAUGGUACGUACCCCUUAUCGUUAUUACGCAGACUUCGAGGCUUUCGUCAAACGUAAAAGUAGAAAACGGAACGUGAACGGAAUUGAAUUGGAAGAGUCUGACCAUAUUCCAUGCGGCUAUGCGUGGGUUUGUGUCGACUGGCAAGGUAAAGCAGUUAAUUGGAGUGUUUAUCGAACUGAUGAUGAAGAAGAAAAUGUUGCAAAGAUAUUUUUUGAUGAUAUACUACAAGACCAGAAGCUUCGACAAAACGUCAUUGAAUUACUCCAGCAACAAAGCUCAAAAUCUAUGAUUAUUAACCCUCAACUGAGAGAUAUGCUUAAGAAGCAAAUCCGCGAGGAUCCAACUCAACUUGACCCAUGUUACUUUUGUGGAGAAAAGUUUAGGAGACUAAGCCAACAAGAAAUGUCUAAACUAUUUAAAGACAGACCCAACAUGGCUGUUUUUCUUCAUGAUCACUGUUCCGGUAAGUUCCUCGGUCUUGCUCAUAACCGUUGCAACUUAGAAGCUUCAAUCGGCAAGAUAUCUCCAUGUUUUAUUCACAAUCUCAAGUCUUAUGAUUCCCACUUCCUUGUGCAAGCAUUUGACGAGUCGAUGAACGCAACAAUAAUACCAUGUUCUUCAGAAAAGUUUAUGUCGUUUACAGUGAGAAAUCAAAUUAGAUUUUGUGAUUUGUUUUCAUUCCUGAGUUCUUCGUUAGAAAAUCUUACAAACACUUUAAAGAAAAACAACACCGACGAUUUUAAACUUACUAAGGAGAUUUCUGGCAAAGCAGAAAAUAUAUUUAAACUGUACAAUAGAGAUGGAACUGAUCAAGAAAUUGAAGAGUUGGCGCAGCAAAUCAAUGUAGACUUGCUGCUACAGAAAGGUGCCUAUCCAUAUACGCAUAUGCAGUCGCCUGCGAAUUUUGAAGAGACGCAUCUGCCGCCAAUCAAGGAGUUUUACAACGAUCUUAAUGACCAGCCACUUGAUCAGAAAGUAUAUGAUCAUGCUAAACAAGUCUGGGAGAGUUUCAACGUGCAAAAUCUUGGUGAUUGGCAUAAUUUGUACGUACUUCUGGAUGUGACAUUGCUAGCUGAUUGUAUGGAAAGGAGCAGAGAAAUCUUAUGGGACUCUUACAACUUGGAUUUGGCUCACUAUUUUAGUUUGCCAAUGAUCGCGUACGACGCUUGUUGCAAGAUGGGCAAAGCGAAACUGGACUAUGUUGACGUUACAAUGCAUUGCUGGUUCGAAACAGCACUUCGUGGUGGUGUGUGUGGAGUUGGUGGAAUUCGAGCAGCCCAAGCGAAUAACAAGUAUAUGGGAGAGAAGUAUGAUGAGACAAAGACCAGCAGUUACAUUUCGUUCCUGGAUAUUAACAAUCUUUACGGUUCUGCAAUGUGCUCAGCUCUACCCGAAAAAGACUACAAGUGGUUAACUGAAUAUGAGCUUGACAGAGUACGUGCAAAUCCAAGUGCUUUUGUAAAUUCCCUCAAAGACGACGCUGAGACUGGUUACUUCUUCGAAGUGGACCUUGAGAUACCGCCAACCAUACAUAAUAAGCUAAACGACUACCCGCCAGCUCCGACGAAGAGAUGUGUCAGUAAGGACGAAUUGACUCCACAUCAGCUUAAACAGAUGCAGGAUCUACAUAUUCCCGAGUCUACAUUCAAGAACUCCAAACUUGUAGCUGACCUGCUCCCAAAACAGCACUAUGUGACACAUUAUCGCAACUUGAAGAUGUAUAUCAAGCUUGGACUUGUAGUUACUAAAGUUCAUCGAGCUGUCAAGUUUUCACAACGGGAUUGGAUGAAAGCCUUUAUUCUGUUUAACACAGAAAUGAGGAAACAGGCGACAACAGACUUUGAGAAGGACUUUUUUAAGUUGCUUAAUAACGCAUCUUUUGGGAAAACAAUAGAACAAAAGAGGAAAAGGAUGUCAAUUUCAGUCGUUACCACAGAAAAGCAGCUCAAGAAGAUUGUUAACAAACCGACUUAUGAGCGGAUUAUUACCAUUAACGAUAAAGUGCACCUGGCUGUCAAGAAAGUGACUCAAGUGCUUUUGGAUAAACCAGUCGCUUUUGGAAUAUCCAUUCUAGAAAUUUCGAAGUGCUUCAUGUACGAGUUCCACUACGAUUAUAUGAAGGAAAAGUACGGUGACAAAGCUAGAGUUCUUUACGGUGAUACGGAUUCACUGGUCUAUCACGUGGAAACUCGUGAUUUUUAUCAAGACAUGGUGGAGAAUAAGGAGCGGUUUGAUCUGAGUGACUAUGCAGGGAUGCAUUCUCAUUUAAAUAAUCAAGAAAACGAGAAGCGACUCGGCAAGAUGAAGGAUGAAAUGCCAAAAAGUGUAAUCUUUCGCUUUGCUGCGUCCAAACCGAAAAUGUAUGGAGCUCAAGCACUUUCAAUUGAAAAUGGAAAGAUGACAAUAAAUACAAAAAAAGUGGCCAAGGGGAUCAAGAAAGCUGCAAUCACCAAUCAAAUAACAUUUGACCAAUAUUGGAAAGUUUUGGAUGGAAAUAUUCCAACUAGUGUGGUGAUUAAAUCGAUUCUAAGCCGCAAACAUGUGCUACGAACGAGCUCAGCCACAAAGUCUUAA